UUAUAUUAACACUAAGAUAAACUCUUAAAUACAAGUACAUGUAUCUAAUGUAUUUUUUUGGCAUUGUAGGAAUUGAGUAAGGUGCAACGUGAACGUUCCUCAAAAAUUCAAUCCAGACAUCGAAGUGGUCGGAGUGGGAUGGUGAACGUACGGGAAGCUGUGAAAAAGGACCUCGAAGUUGCAGAUCCUCCCCGCCACCGUGUUUGGAUUAAAUCUCGCACCAAGAGUAGAAAACUUGUCACUGAUUACGACAAGGAAAUUGCCGAGAAGAUAGCUCAAUUAGAGGAGAAGCUUAGUCAGGGACAAAUUCAGGUCCAGGGCCAAAACGAUAUCCUCACGCAGGCGCUCGGGACACCAGAGCAUCCUGGACGUGUCGUGGCCGCUUGGGUAUGCUAUUACUUCAAAUGUUAUUUAUUUAGUUACACAAAUGAAAUCGUUGCUAAUUUGCAUUUUAUGAUUUGUAGGUUCCUGACCAGGGCAUCUCAACUGUUCGGCAGGAAGAAAAGGGAAGUGUCUGAUGUUGUGGCUCGGCAAGCGAAGGAGAUUGAACAAUUAAAAGCCGAAGUCCAAUCCCUUAAGCAGCAGAGGAACGCUGCCGAACAAGAGGAAGAAGGAGAGGUGGCUGGUGAGGCGUAUGUUCCACAACCAUACGCUCCUCAGGAUGAGGUACAACCACAAAUUUAUGCUGAGGAGUUCAUUUCCCUCAACGACCAAGGUAUCCUAUACAAUUUUGAUGACCAAGCGGCCCUUACUCAGCAAGUACAUCUCUGCUCUGACAACAUCGACAAUAUUGUGGCCCGAGGGUAUUUGUACGAGCAUGUGGGUGUGGUCAAAGUUCACUGCCAGGAUUACGAUGAUUCACAUGCUCGGAUCAUGGUUUCAGAAAUCCUGCAAGAGGACGCUGAAAUCCCAGUCCCACUUGAAGAGUUCAGAUAUGUUAGGGACGUGUACCAGAUGUUCCUUCCUUGGCCUAAACACUUAAUUUUAACAACCGAGGGUCCACUCGCUCAACCGCCCUCAAGACGUGAUGCGUCAAAGGGGAAAGCUCCGAUGCUUUCUCCACAAAGCCGUGGUGCACGGGAAGAUGAGUUGUUCACGGAAGAGAAGAUGGCGUUGAUCCCUAAUUCGCUGAAAUGGAUGAUUCAUGAAUUCCUAAGGCUCAAAGAUAAACGUGAUAUAAUCACAAUUCCUGUCCCCCGAGGAUUCAUUGCACCGCGUACCCAGAUCACGUUAUCUGGAGAGGAUUUGCAGCAGGUUGCUACGUGUGACUACAUCGGCAACCAGGGAAUGCUGUUUGGAAUGAUGCACAUAUGGGAGAGCAUCAACGGUCUGAGAAAAAUUUUCAAGUUUUACGACCCAGAGCUUCUCACAAAGGUAAUGGGAUCGCCGAUGAAGAACGUAGCCGGGCCUUUUUGA